UAAAUUUUAACCCUCUGGAGGGGAAGGAGGAACCGGAACAUUUCCAGGAUCGUCCCCAGAGUGCCCCUGUGGGCCCUGAUCCGGAAAAUCGAAAAAAUCCCUCCAAAACUCCCAGGAUGGACGAGGAGGAGCUCCAGGAUGACCUGCGCCUCUUCCCAGGCGGCGCGGCGCUCCCGGCGCGGCUGCGCUCCUUCCCGGCCGUGUACCUGAGCCUGGCGCUCUCCUCGCUGCUCCUGCUGGGCCUCAGCGCUCUGGCGCUCGCCAGAGUUUCCUCCAUUUCCUCCAAACUCCACCAGGAGAAACCGGAGUGGAAUUUUUCCAGUUGGGAUUCCUUCCUGUUCCCGUGCGGGGCGGAUUCCCGGGAAUGGGAAUAUUUCUCUGGGAAUUGUUAUUAUUUCUCGCUGGCGCGGCUGAGCUGGGAGCGGGCGCGGGAGCAGUGCCGGGAGCGCCGCGCCGACCUCGCCGCCGUCGGCAGCUUCGCCGAGCAGGUGACCCCAAACCCCAAAACACCCCAUCCCCCAUCCCCAUCCUGACCCCAAAUCCCAAAA